CGCUGCACAGACCCACAUAAAUACAGACCUAAAUAGAUCCUGAGUAGCUGACGUGCUGUCAGGAAUUCAUUCAAGUGCGUUUUUCCAUCAUAACCAUAACAAAAAGCGCGUUUAUAAACAUGGGAAACCCACGAGUUUUCUUUGACAUCACUAUCGAUGGAGCUAACGCUGGCAGGGUUGUAAUGGAGCUGAGGGCUGAUGUGGUCCCAAAAACUGCAGAAAAUUUCCGCGCUUUGUGCACCGGAGAGAAAGGUUUUGGCUACAAGGGCUCCUCGUUUCACAGAGUCAUCCCUAAAUUCAUGUGCCAGGGCGGGGACUUUACCAACCACAAUGGAACUGGAGGAAAAUCCAUCUACGGGGAGAAGUUUGCUGAUGAGAACUUCCAGUUGAAGCACCAGGGCAUGGGCACACUGUCCAUGGCUAACGCUGGGCCCAACACCAACGGAUCCCAGUUCUUCAUCUGCACAGCUAACACUGACUGGCUCAACGGGAAGCACGUGGUGUUUGGCAGUGUUGUCGAGGGCAUUGAUGUUGUCAAGGCAAUGGAAAAGCAAGGCACAAAGAGCGGCACCCCUAAAGCCAAGGUUGUCAUUGCCGACUGUGGUGAACUAAAAUAGUUCAGUUCAGAUGUAUCCCUUAUCAUCCACGUUCCAGUUAAUCUAGACGGUGUAUAUCUGCAGCAUCAGGAGAAAAAACAACAACCGCCCAAUUAACCCACUUUCUCCUUUUUUGUCUACUGUGUUGAUAUUCGUUGUGUAAUAUUUUGUACCUUCUAAUCUGUUCUUUGAGGACCACAUUUGUUAACAAAAUCUGAAUAAAAUGAUGCUGAUGGUGUAAAUAAAACAACUUGAAAGCUUA